GCUCAGAGGCAGAAGUUGCUCGCUGCGACGAGAAAGAGUCGACUAUACCGAAGUUUGAAAAGAAGAAACCGCGACUACCGGAUACACUCGAGAAGAGGACAGGACCCGCUCCGACGGUCUUAAGCGUUUUUGUUUUUUCUUGUUUGUGUGCGAGUUUUCUUUCUCUCUAAACGAGCGAACCGGAACAAAGGACUCCCGUUUCAACCUGAGAGAAAAAGCAGCCCAACGUUCGUUAACCGGCCGCGCGCGCUCUAUGUACUUGGAUUUACUUCUUCUAUCCCGCCGUCCUACUAUGGUCAUAAUGGAGGUGCCCACCAUCGACUGUGCGUCCCUGCGUGGCCUGCUGGAGGGCGACGUGCCGGGCUGCCUGCUGCUGGACUGCCGCUCCUUCCUGUCCUUCAACUCGUCCCACGUCUCGGGCUCCACCAACGUGCGCUUCAGCACCAUCGUGCGCCGGAGAGCCAGGGGGGGUCUGGGGCUGGAGCACAUCGUGCCCAACGAGGACACCAGGAGCCGCCUGCUGUCCGGGGACUACCAGUCCGUGGUGCUGCUGGACGACCGCAGCUCGGACGUGAGCCAGGCGAAGAAGGACGGCACGCUGCUGCUCGCCGUCACCGCGCUGUGCCGCGACCCCUGCGGGGCCAGUGUUUUUAUUCUGAAAGGCGGGUUCGACACGUUCUCCACAGAGUAUCCAGAGAUGUGCACCAAGCCCUCCCCUCCCCAGGGGCUCUGCCUGCCCCUGAGCUCCAGCCACCCCGGGAGUGCAGACCCCAGCUGUAGUCCAUGCAACACCCCGCUAUAUGAUCAGGGUGGUCCUGUUGAGAUCCUGCCUUUCCUCUACCUGGGCAGUGCUUACCAUGCCUCCAGAAAAGAUAUGCUGGACAUGCUGGGGAUCACUGCUCUGAUCAACGUCUCUGCCAACUGCCCCAACCACUUUGAGGAGUCCUUCCUCUACAAGAGCAUCCCCGUGGAGGACAACCACAAGGCAGAUAUCAGCUCCUGGUUCAAUGAGGCGAUCGAGUUUAUCGACUCGGUGCGAAAUAAAGGAGGCCGCGUGUUCGUGCACUGUCAAGCCGGCAUCUCCCGCUCCGCCACCAUUUGCCUUGCCUACCUCAUGCGGACCAACCGCGUCAAGCUGGACGAGGCCUUUGAGUUUGUCAAGCAGCGCCGCAGCAUCAUCUCCCCCAACUUCAGCUUCAUGGGUCAGCUCCUCCAGUUUGAGUCCCAGGUCCUGGCCACGUCUACGUGCUCAUCCGAGGCGGGCAGUCCAGCCAUCGGCAACAGCAGCACAGUCUUCAACUUCCCCGUCUCCAUCCCUGUACACACCUCAGCCGGUCAGCUCUCGUUCCUCCACAGUCCCAUCACCACCUCUCCGAGCUGCUGAGGAGGAGGACGACGACGACGACGACACAGACUUUGCUCGGACUUGAACUGCACCUCAUGAGUGACUCCACACAGAGCACAAAGACAAAACACAGUUCUGAUUAUGAUUCAUUUUAUGGUGAUACUGGUAUCACCAGGCAGAACGUGUGGAUCAACCUCAUCAUUUCAAGGGGAGAUUUGAAAACUACCAACACGCAGUAUUGAUGUGUAACCUCCUAAAUAUGAAAGUCAUCCAGUGUGUAAAAUUCUAGAUGACUUUGGACACGACUGAAAAGAGAGUUAAGGUUAUUCCCUUUGAGGAAGUUAUGAGUAUCUGAAUAUUCUUUAUUCAAAAGACAGCUUUUUUUUGUGACGGCAACUGCUUUUGAUAAUCACAAUCACUUUUUGUUAACUAAACUAAAUGUAGAGGGCUAACAGUUGUCUCAGGAAUAUCCUCACAAGUGUCCAGUUCGCUUUUUGUACUGUGUAAAGAAAGCAACACAAACCUGUUGUUACUCCUCCUUCUGACGAACAAUGAAUGUAAACCCCUCUUUGGUGGAGAUGUGGCCGAGCGCUUCAUGUUCAGCUCAAGAGUUGCGUGGGGUUGCCAAAUCUCAAACGCAAACACUUGCCUUUCCAGACAUCGUGAAACUCUUUGUUGACGAUCCUGACACAUUGGGGAAACCGACCGUUAAAUACCUCAUAUAUCUGUACUGUGGCGCUGAGGCGGCCAGAACCCCAAAAAACGGCUAAAAUGGGGCCACGUGGUCUUCGGCGUCGGGAUUCUGACAUAUUUAUUGAACUAAAGUAAUAUAUUUCUUAAUCAUAUCUAUUUUUGCAUAUGUCUGUUUUUAAUUAUGUUGUUUUUAUACCGCUGAAUAAAUCUCAUUUGACUUUUGUA